AAAAAUUUCCCUUCUUACGAAAAAACAAAAGCGAUAUAGUUAAUGUAAAUCCAAUUAAUCUUAUUUUAGCUAAACAUGGAAUUACUUCGAAUAAAUUGAGGAAGAUAGGAGCAGAUCAUGCUAGCAGGAUUUAUGGAGGUAGGAACGAUUCUCACUACCAAUAUUUACGAAAGUUGGCUUGCAGACAAGUAGUAGGUCAUCAUAAAUCAGUAGAAAGUUAUGGCGUAAUGAAUGACCUACUUCUCGUAAUUGUUCGAAAGUAUUUCUAA